AGAAAAUGAUAGCUGAUACGAGCUACUGCCUGAGAGGGGGAGCGAGACGGUGGACGCGACCCGCGGGGUCGUCCGUCUCUUUCGUCUUCUUCUGUUAUCGUUUACUACCGUUGACAAGAAUCCGACAGUGGUUUGCAAAGUGUGUUGUUGAAGCGAUCGAAUCGAUGAGACGAACGGAUCAUACGGCGAGCAUGACUCCGCGAGCGUCUAGAAGGGACUCGGAUGUCGUUCUGUCCAACUUCGGCCACAAGGAACAUCUCUUCAAGUUCCUCGUUAUUGGCGAUUACGGUGUCGGCAAAACUGCGCUGGUCAGAAGAUAUACGGAAGGGAAGUUCUCCUCGAAUUACAAGAUUACCAUAGGCGCCGAUUUUGCGAUAAAAACGCUCGAUUGGGAUCCGCAAACUAAAAUAAACUUACAGCUAUGGGACAUCGCUGGUCACGAGAGAUUUGGAUAUAUGACGAGGGUCUAUUAUAAAUACGCGGUAGCCGCGGCUCUCGUAUUCGACAUCUCACGAGCGGCGACCUUCCAGUCGAUGAAGAAGUGGCUGAACGAUCUCAGGGAGAAGGUCGCACUGCCAGACGGUUCGGGUAUACCAGUCGUGCUCCUGGCGAAUAAGUGCGACAUAUCGGUCGCCGUGACCGACGAGCAGAUCUCCAAGUUCUGCAGAGAGAACAAGAUACACGCUUGGUACGCGACUUCCGCGAAAAACAACACCAACGUUGAAGCAGCGAUACGCUAUUUGGUGGACAAGGUGCUAAGUUCGAGAUUCGACAACGGUAUACGAGAUUCAAUUCAAUUACGGCACGAGAGCACGUUGAGUCGCGAAAAAUCUAUGUGCUGCAAAUAGAGCGAUAUAUACACAUGCAUGAACGAUCAUCUUAGAAUUAUUGAGAAUACAUAUAAAUCAACGUCAUGAACAGAUAAUUGCGAGAUCAUCAAACACGGUGCUAAUAUGAUGAUAAAACGAAAGCUACGAAAGUGUAUCGUUGGAAGAUUUAUAUACAUAUUGCCAUAGUUACAUUUGCUUUAUGUGAUAAACCAUUGCCAUUAUCAUUUGUUGACCGCG